UGGCUCAUCUUUAACUCUGGGAAUGGCAAUAUUUUGGUCUUGUAAAUAUGUUUCAGCAUAAAAAAAAUGCCAAAGAUUGAUACUUCUAUAGUUUAGGAAAUAUUCCCUGUCGUAGUGGCAUAACUGCUUGGAUUGUUUCGUAAUUACUUCCAGGCGAGCAAGAUUGUUUUUUUCUCUGAGCAUCACAUCGUAAAUAAACGGAGUGUUGUUUGGACUGACGGAGCGAAAUUGUGUACUGCACCUAGCACUUCCCACUGCUUCCAUCAAUGAAUAGAAGCUACAAACAGCAGAUACUCGUCCACUUGUAACUGUGCGUCGUUCCAACACAAGGGCAGCUGGUGCAGCAUGGCCCUACGCAACCUUGUGGAUGCCCAGUGUGGGGAGGGCAACGCAUUGCUCCGCCUCACCCAACACGUGACCCGAGACAAAGCAUUGCUGGAUGAGGGUCUGCGCUGGCCACAGGCCAGGCCACCAACUGAAGAUGGGAUAUUUAAAAGCCAAUAUGGGCCAACAACAGUGGGUGAUCAGCUGGUUGAAGAGUUUAUGUCUGAGACACAACAUGCUGCUGCUGCACCUCAGGCUUUCAGAAUGGACUCUCUCUUGCAGGAAAUGAGGGAAAUAGAAAGCAUGCGUGCUAGAUCAGGACCCAUGCGAGGUCCAGGUAUUGCAGACCUCGCCUCUGAAGCCAGCAACUGGGCUGAGGAGUACUUAGCCUCAGAGACACAUGUUCAGGAAAUGGGUCUUGGUGGAGACUGGACCAAAGAAUUCCUGGACCAACAGCAUGCCCUCACCUCUCCUGAUAUAAUACCUGACAGUGACACAAGAUGGACUCAUGAGUAUCUGAACGAUAAUGCCAUAGAUGAUACACAAGGUUCUGAGUCCACAAAAUGGCUUGAGGACUAUAAUCCACAGGAAGACUCAGAGCUUGCCAAAACAGCUAAUGAACUUCUGGGAACAGUGGAUGACCCUAAAUUCUCAAAUUCAGAGUUCAUGAAAUUUAUUAAGAAGUUGGGUGAAGGAACUAAGUCAGAUAAGGAUAGUAGCGAAGAUUUACAAGCAUCCAAAGGAAAAGUUGCCAGCAGCUUGGCAGAGUCCUGGAGCACUGAGUUCAUGAAGGAGCAGCAGCAGCAGCCACACCAGCAAUGGGGAGAAGAAUUUGUCAAGCAGCUAGGGCCACUAAGUGAUGAGAAUAUUGAUAGUGAAGCAAUGACAUCAGAACAGAAGGAAAGCUUCUGGGAGACAUUACAAGAAGAAUGGGAGAAAAUGGCCAAAGAUGAUGAUUUAGUAGAACAUCCUUGGCUCACAGACUUCAACUCAACAGCCUUUCAGCCUUAUCAGGAUUAUCAGUUUGAGGAGGAUAAUCCUCUGAAAGACCACCCUGACCCACUAAGUGAAGGCAAGCGGUGUUUGGAAGCAGGAGAUCUUCCUUCCUCUGUGUUGUUGUUUGAAGCUGCUGCACAGCUAAACCCAGAAAAUCCAGAAGCUUGGCUGCUGCUUGGCAUGACACAUGCUGAAAAUGAACAAGAUCCAUCUGCAAUUGCAGCUCUCAGGAGAUGUGUUGAAAUAGAUUCCAGUAACCAUGUGGCUUGGAUGGCUUUAGCAGCAUCUUAUACAAAUGAAUCCUACCAAACUCUUGCAUGUAAUUCUUUAAAGGAGUGGAUCAGGGUUAACCAAGAAUACAGCCAUCUUGUUAGAGGUGAAGAUACCAGAAAACCACAGAUGAUGGCCACUACAUUAGCCCCCAGACAACUAAUACAGGAAGUGCAAGAUUUGUACAUUGGUGCAGCCAACCAGCGCCCAAGUGAAAACAUUGACCCUGAUGUGCAGUGUGGCUUAGGAGUCCUGUUUAACCUGACAGGAGAAUAUGAGAAGGCUGUGGACUGUUUCCAUGCUGCUCUAAGUGUUCGGCCUAAGGAUGCUAAGCUGUGGAAUAAACUAGGAGCAACUUUAGCAAAUAGUGAGCGAUCAGAAGAAGCCAUUGAUGCCUACCGCAAUGCUCUAGAAAUAUCUCCAGGUUAUAUUAGGUGCCGGUAUAACCUUGGGAUAUCAUGCAUUAAUUUAGGAGCCCAUAGGGAGGCAAUGGAACACUUCUUAGAAGCCUUGAAUAUGCAAGCAGCAGGGCGAGGACUUGGUGGCAAAGAAUCAUCCAAGGCUGUGUCUGACAACAUUUGGACAACACUUAGAGUGUGUCUUUCUCAACUAGAUGCUGUGCACCUCAUGGAUGCUGUCCAUAACAGAGAUUUGGCAAGAUUGAAUGCUGAAUUUAGUGAGAGAGACUCAAGUUGACUUGGGCAGAAUCCAUUAUUGCAAUGGGCUAUCCUUCCUCCCCACCGCUCUAUGCUGUGUGAUGGGCCACAUAAAUGCCCUGCAUCUGCUCUCUCGGGAAGAUGUGCAUUAGAUGAUUUGCCAUGUGAGUGUGCAUUGGAUAUUUUACAUUAAAAUAUAUAGUCUUCUUGCUAUUUUUAGUAAGAAAUAGGUUUAACCCAUAAUGUGUUGUGAUUGAAUAGUUCUAUUUUUAAUAUAUAUCAUUGAUUAUAUACUAUAUAGAUGAAAUUUAUAUCCCGAGAUGAUUAAAUAACAAAAUACAGAAAAUAUAUUAUGACUUACAUUGGACAUGCUACAAGUAAACAUAUAGAUAGUAGAAUUCACAUUUCAACAUUAAGAUUUCCACAAUAGUGAUUGUUAUGAGACCAUUUCACAAAUCCUUGUGUUUGGUUUAAACUAUGCACUGAAAUAAAAAAUUUUAUGAAGGCAUUUCAUAUCUGCACAUUUUUAUGUUUAGUUUUGAGUGUUCAUUUGAGUUCAAAUUUUUAUAAGUGUAACUAGCUGUUACAUGGAAUAAGUUUUGUUAUUAUCAUAUCAGCAGUAGUUACAAUGAUAGUAUAACAUCUUUUAUGUUCAAAACAGUAUAGGGUGCCAGAUUAAAGAGGAAAAUAAAAUAAAAUGGCCUGACAUAUAUUGACACACACUGCCCAUUUCUGGUAAUUUCAAAAGACCUUUGGUCAAGGGUACCACUAAGUUUCUGAUGACUUUGGGGAUGUGAAAUAAUAAUUCCAGCUUCCUUUUCUUCAUAUGCUGGAGCACACACUGAUGGUUACACAGCUGAUGCAGGAGAAUGAAUAACUUUUCAAUAAUCUGUGGAUCUUUUCUGUUGUGGUGACAAAUCAUGUGCAAUUAAAAUGUUGAAAGCAGCUACUUAGGAUCAUAAGUUUCAUUAUCACCAUCCUCAUUAAAAUCAUCAUCAUCAUCUUCAUACUUAUGUCCUUUUAUUACCACUCUCAUUUCUAUCACUACCAUUGCAGUAAUGGAAUAUGUUAAAUUUCAUUGUGGUAGUGAAACAGAAAAAAUUAUCGUAUCCAGAUUUUAGCAUUUCUAGUUUUGCAUUUUGAUCAUACAUACUGUCUCUCUGAAAAUUAUUACAUUAUUAGUAUGGCAUUAUAUUUAUCAGUUUAUUAACUAGUUUAAAAAUCCCUUUUAAAGUUAUAUUUCAGGUGGAGGUGAAGAGUAGAGUGGUGUUAGUGAUGGUUAUAGAUUACAACACACAGUUGUGGUAUACAAUCUUUCUAUUGAGAUGCUUCACAUCUUUUUAAAAAUAAUGUAAUGUGGCAUUCAUUAUUUAGAUCUACCUAAUGUAGUGAAGUACCUUUAUCAUCCUGCUUUCUGUUGUAAUUCUGUACUUGUUGAUGUAACACAUGAUUUCAGAAUUAAAUAUGUCCAUUGCAAUAUCACGUAAUAGAUGGGUAGACAUAGUAAUGAAAGUGAAAUAAUCGAAGCCAUGGUUGGAUUGUUGGACUUGGUGAUUUAAAAGUGUUGUAUAAAAUAUGCUUAGAAUUCUCAAUUAUUACAUUGUUUCCCUUUUUAUUGGAAUAUCCAAAGUAGAACUCUGAAAUAUACAAUAUGAAAUGUUUAAGAUAUUGAUAAUCCAGGGAAGUAAAGUGCCUUAAUACAGUCACUCAAGAUUAUUUUGACGAACUCAUCACAAAGUAAUUUGAAGAAAAGAAUAUGUAUGUAGUUAUGAGUAGUUGUAAAGUACUUUUUGUAUACUUUUUGGUAUAUUUGAAGUUUUUCGCAAGUUGUGCAUUCAUUCAUUAGUUGAAGAGUCAUUGCCUCUUUAUUUAGCAUCAUAAAUCUUCGAUAUAUUUAUAUAUUAUUUGUAUAUUGGCCCCUUAGUGAAGGAUAACCAUUACAAAGUGUAUGCACACACACACACACACACACACACACACACACACACACACACACACACACACACACACACACACACACACACACACACACACACACACACACACACACACACAGACUGUUUCACCAUUAUACCUAAAGGUAUCCUUUCAUCUUUUAGACUUAGGCUUUUUCAAUCAUUAACACAGUGUAGUACUUUCUUGCAAAUGCCACUAAAUAUAUUGUGUGGUAUAAGAUUUUACUCGUAGUGUUUGGUGGCACUAUAUUGGUGUUAUUGCUUGCUUUAGCCAUGUUUAUUCAACAUUUGGUUAAUCCAUAACUUGUUCCCACUCCCAACAGCCUUGAAUAUUCAUAAAUUUUCACUACUGGCUAGUCUUCAUUGCCACUCUUACUAAAUUCAUAUGUAAUAUUUAUCUUCUAGCUGUAAUAAAUUUCUCAAUUAUUUCACUUUCAAGGUAGAAGACAUAUAAACUCACUUCUCACUCCCUUUCCUCUUGCAGAAAUCUUCAUUGUUGGAAAUUGUAAUGUUCACCAUCAGCUAUGGCUAUUUGGCUAUCACCAUCUUUCACUAACUAAUGUGGUAAAUAAGCUCACAACUUUGCCAUUCCACACAACCUGUAAAAAAUGGUGCAGCUACAUAUCUAUAUUUAAGAUCUACUUUGAGAUACACUUAAUAUUUUAACAUCUUACCUCAAAUUCUAGUUUCUCUCUCUCUCUCUCUCUCUCUCUCUCUCUCUCUCUCUCUCUCUCUCUCUCUCUCUCUCUCUCUCUCUCUCUCUCUCUCUCUCUCUCUCUCUCUCUCUCUCUCUCUCUCUCUCUCUCUCUCUCUCUCUCUCUCUCUCUCUCAAUUGAUCUCCUCUGAUCUUUACAUAUCUUAUCCUACUAUUCUUAUACUACAUAUGGAUCCAUCAUAGUGGAGAUGCUUGUAGCAUUAUGGCUCUGCAAGUAGGAAGUCUUGAAGUGGGAAUACUCUGACUUUCCAUAAAAUGUUAGUUGUUUCCUUGUUAAAGAUCCACCUUGUGCUAAGCACUUGAGGUGAUUAUCUCUAGCUUGGAGGCAUUCAUUUCACUCUUUUUCCUUGAAGGAGACUGCAUUUAUUUAUCCCUUUGCUUGAGACUGCUCAGAGCUCUUCAUUACUUUUUUUUUUUUAUCUAUUAUUGUUAUUAUUUAUUUUUAUUUAUUGAUUUUUAGUGCUAUCAGUAAGGUGUUCUGCUGUGGCUUUUCCUUCAGAAAGAUUCUUCAUAGGAGAUAACAAUGAUGGAAGGUCUCCCAUCGUUGUAUUUCCAUACACAUGGUCAAACUUUCAAUUUUUUUUAUCACAAGUAUUAAUUAUAUCUUGUUGCUCACAUGGUUCCCAUCUCAAGAAUCCUUCUCUCUCCCUCUCCUUUCUACUCAAAUUAUCUGACUUGAGCCAUCACACAUUAUCACACAGUAUGCAAGAGUCAUACUUUAUUUACCUUUGUACUUCAGGUAUUCUCAUUACAAUACAUUUCUUUUUAGAUAUCAGAUGCAGUUGAAUUAAUUUGCAUUUGUCUAAUUCAGUGUUUUGCAGUUAUGCAUUGUAAGUCAUCUCAGUUACAAUAUUGUUAUUGUUAUUCAUUGGCUUUAUACAUAUGAUUAAGUUACUGGUACUUAUAUAUUACAGAGUAUGAUUAAGUGUUUAGUUAUGAGAAAUUGGUUAAGAUGCUUCAUAAAACAAAGUCUACCUAAGAAUUCAGAGAAAGUAAAUGCAUUUAAAUUAAAUUAAAAGAAGACAAACUAAAUUGUGGAUCUGUCAAAAAAAAAAAAAGAAGAAAAUGAAGAGGCUGAAAGAGGCAGCAGUUGGUUAUGAAGCAACAAAUGAAAAAAGGUCAAGGUAUUGUUGAUCUUGAUAUGCAGCUAGAGGUAGAGGUGGUGGUAUACAUGUAAUGAAAGAUUAUGCUUUAUAUUGGAAACAGGGUGCUUUAGAAUAUAUUGUUUUAAGUCACUGGAAGAUGUGUUAUGAGAGCUGUGUGUCAGUUAUUUGAAUUCUGGGAAACUCCAAAAAGAAGUAUUGCAAUAAGAUUUCCAGUACUAGAAUAAUAGUUCCAGUACAGGGACUGGAUGAUUUUGAAAGUUUGUAUUAAUACAUUUUCAGAAUUUCAUCUAGUUUUCAAAUCAUGAGCAUGAAUCAAACACAAGUAGUCACAUAUAUUAUAUACAUCUUGUAAUUUCAUUUAGCUAUAAGUUUGAAAGCAGGCUUUACUAGUAAAUGCCUUUAUUUUUAAAUGUUGCCACAUAUAAUUAUUAGUUUUUAUGUAUGUGAAUAUUUUUAAGCCAUUCCUUACAAUGGUUUUCUUUUCUUGUAUGGUUGGGAUUAUGGAUUUAUUUUUAUCAAAGUUCAUAUCACCGUUUGUAAUUGCAAAUGUAGCCAGGAAACUGUCUGUACAAGUACAAUGGAUUAUUGUAACAGGAUUUUUUCUACUGUACUUACAUCAUCCAGGUUUUGUGCAUAUAUAUAUAUUUUUUAUUUAAUUUAUUUGAUAAUUUUAUUUAUUUACAUGUUUAUAAUUUAUAAUAUCCAAGCCCCUUGUAGUCAUCCAUUUCUGGGCUACUUUUCAUGUGCUUAUUUAAGGUUAGCUACCUUACACCAGCCAAAAACACCAUUACUGGGGCCACUUCACAAUAAAAGAUAUUGAAUAUUCUUGAAACAAUUUUAUAUAAUUGAUUGCAUUUAUUUUUUAUGUAAUUUGAUCAGAUUUUGUAAGUCUCACAUGAUAGACAUCAGUAUGUCUUCCCUGAUGAUCACUGACAACUCAUGAUUUUAUUUGACUGUAACAUAUUUGUAGUCAGAUAGUUCUGAGGCUUUUUAGGUUCUAGUUUGAUCACAGUUAAUUAUACACCUAGGAGUUGUGUUAAAGUGCCAUCUAGUAACACUAGGAUAAGAUUGGGAGGCGAGCUUUAGGCGCAGGACUCAGGUGAUGCAUGUAUCCUUUGCUAAUUUAAUGAUGGAAAGAGUUUUGGCGAUGUGGUGUCAUAUUUUAGGGGGAUUUUUUUGAGUGUUUGUAUCCGAGUCAUAAACACGUGAUAUGUUGGCUAGUGAGAUCCAUGCUGUGAUACUGGCAGGAUUUUUCUUUAUUUAAUAUUUUAUUUUUAUCUUAGAAAAAAUUAUUUGCUCAAUCUCUGUGCAUACUUUUAUAACUAGUAUAUUUUCUUUUGAAAAAUUCAGUCUCAGAGUUUUCAAAAUCAUAUAAUUGUGGAAGUCUGUAAAUCUGAAGCUUUUGGCAAGUUUCUUAUGUAAAGCUAGCUUGAAGGCAAGUGUGUUCAGAGGUACAGAGCAGGAAUGCAAGUGGUGAAGUGUGUGGAAAUACUGGAGAGCAUGUGUCUUUCUUAAUGCGAGAGAAUGUAAAUAUUUUAUAGUCAUCAGUUGUUAUCCUGGGUUUGGUUUCCAAAUAGUGUAUGUAUGUAAUGUAUACAAAAUAAAGUAAAGCUCUUGGGGACUUAGGAAACAAUUUUUGGAAGAAUGGAUGGUGUUACCUGUUUUGCCAAAAUAAAUCUAAUAUGUGGGCUCA